UACUGCUCACUACGUAGUGCACUACAUAACGACCCGGAAGUGAUUUGUGGUGAACUCACUGUAUCCUGAACACGUGUGUGUGAGAAAACAAGGACAUUUAACUGCUCAGGUUUAAUCGGAAUUAAAAUGGUGGGGAAAAUCAAACGCGCGCGGCAGAAACUCCACCAGGACGCCGUGAAGAUCAACUCAGGGACGGGUCAGAGUGUAGCGAGUGUGGAGAAGAUCUUCAUCUCACCUUCUCACCUCACUACAGGAGCAGAUACACACCGGACACGUGCUGAGAAAAACCCCACACAGGUGCAGGCGUUUAACUUCCCCACGGGGAUUUUUGCUGGAACUGUGAUUCCUCCUGAAGCUCUAGUUCAAACUCUUAGAGAUUCUCCAGAACCACCAGCAGAACCACCAGCAGAACCACCCCGAGGAGCUGAGGGAAAGAAGCAGCAGUCGAAGAAGGAGAAGAUGAAGGAGAGACGAGAGCGAUGGCUCACCAAGAUCAGCGCCAUUAAAGUGGCUCGUGAGAAGCAGGUGGAGCUCAAACGCCGCAAGGCCACGCCCGUCGUAGGGGAUAUGAGGAUAUUGGCUGAUGCACUUCCUGAGCUCCUCCCCUUCAUCAAAGCACCCACCUCUAAGAAGCAAAAAGGUUUGGUAAAGAGGAAAGCAGAACCCACAGAUUUCUGUCAGAUGAAGCCAGUGCAGAAACGCAAACUGCUUGAGAUGGAAACGUCCCGCUUCAGCGAGGCCAUGAAAGACUCCGCCUUCAAGGCGGACCCCUUGGCUGCGAUUGGUGAACAUCUGAGGAAACGCCUCAAACAGGAAGACGAGCAGAGUUAGCCCCGCCCACACCCCCUUGACAGACUCCUCCGUAAUAACACACACUAAAGCACUUUGCGAUCUGAGUGCCGCUCUGUCUCUCCCUCGCCUCCUGUGUGUGUGUGUGUGUGUGUGUGUGUCUGGCCUAGUCUUUACCAUUUCUUCCUUUAUUAUUCCCAGUGUUCAAGAGAAGAACCAUGAGAUGUUUUUUUUCUGCAUGGAAAUGGACUCUGAGUGUUCCGUGAGAAGAAUCUGCAAAAAUAAAUACUAUAAUAAUAAUAUAAAUAUUGACGUUCAUGCUACAAGCAUCACAUAAACUGUACAGGUGUUUUGCAGACCCUUCACGUUUUACCGCUUUUUAAUUUUAUUUAUGUCGUAAAUGUGAUUUUCUUUAUGAUGAA